AUGAAUGGCAUUGCAAUCACAUUAUCAAUACUUAUAAUAUUCUUAUUAAUCAAAUGGUUUUUUGUUCCGAAAUCUCAUCCUUCUGCGGCAAAACUUCAACACUCACAAUCCUUGAAUAAUUCCGGUAGCAAUUCAAGAUUCAAUCAACAACGUAAUAACAGUACUCGUCGUCGUCGUAAUGUGAAUGUAACUGAAGAUAUGAUUCUGUCAGUCCAGAAUAUUGCUCCCACUUUACAUCGUGAACAGAUAAUUUAUUCAUUGGAAACCACUGGAUCUGUUCAGGAUACUGUCGAUAAGUACUUAAAUGGCCAAGAUUUCCCAUUCCCACCAGGUUAUAAUCCAUCGCGUUCAAGCACUAGUACUCCAAUGACAAGCACUACAAAUAAUAAUGAACCAGUUGAUAAGAGAAAAAUUUCCAAAAUUAAACCGGAUAAUCUGUUGACCAAGUUCAAUGUUGAUAUGAAUCGUAAUUGGGAUACUGAAGUUUAUUUAGAUUUGGAUAUCCCCGAAAGGAAACAAUAUACAAUUUAUCAAGCUCGUAAGAAUAUGGAAAAACUCUUAGAGAAAGAUCCAUCUCUAAGAGAAGUGUUAAAUUAA